AGAAGCGCUAGCCUCAGCGUUGGGUGCAGGGCCCCGUGGUCUCCGCAGGGGCAGCCAGGCCUUGCGGCCCUGUCAGGAAGGGGUGCCCAGUAGCUAGCCAUCCACCCUCGGAGCCCGUCAUUGGCGUGGGUCGGCAGGGAUCAGGGCUGCGUAUCAGGCCGCUGGCCCUGGGGUCUCCCCGCAGAGCGGCCGGAUUGUGCCCACCUCCGUCCUGUCUGUGUGGGAAGCUGCAAGCAAGGUUCUUGCCGGCCGCCGGGAUCCAGGCUGGCUAACGGUCUCCCCAUCGAAGCGCAAGGCCGGGGAGUCUGAAGGACUCACGCGGGGGAAGCGAGUUGAAAAGCGCUCGGAUACCCGUAACUCGCCAGGGCAGAGACUCACCAAGCCCCACCAUAGGAGAGAUGAGAGCGCCACGAGGACCAUAGAGAAAAGACCACCACGCUUCUUGCGCGCCGCCUCCCGGAAGCGGCAGUCGGCCUAUGAGCGCAGAUUCGUUGCCGUGGCCCGACAGGCCCGCCCCGUUCACUUGUCAUUCACUCGAAGGGUACUUCCGGUUGGGGAGACAACAUGCCUUUGGAUAGAGACAUAGCACAUCCAUCUCUAGAGGAGGAGAAAAGAAAGCACAAAAAGAAACGUCUGGUGCAGAGUCCAAAUUCCUACUUUAUGGAUGUAAAGUGUCCAGGAUGCUACAAGAUCACCACAGUGUUCAGCCAUGCUCAGACAGUGGUUCUGUGCGUUGGGUGCUCAACUGUGUUGUGCCAGCCUACUGGAGGAAAGGCCAGGCUUACAGAAGGCUGCUCAUUUAGAAGAAAGCAACAUUGAAUGCUCCCUUUGCCAACAUGACUCACGUUAUAUGCUCCUGGAAGCCUUAUCUGUUCAAAAACGUCGGUUAAUCUAACAAGUUAAUUAUUCUACUUUGUAAGAAACACCAGCAAUUAUCUGGUGGGGUUUUUUUCCCCCCUCUCCCCCAAUAAAAUGUCUUAAUGUGCACAAUUUUUCUGGAAGUCUAUGGGUAAUUCAGCUCUAUUUUUAGAGCUUUUUAUUACUGUAUUUGAAUGGGUGAUGCCAUUCCUCACAAGAAUCGGAACUUAAGACUUGCUGCACACCGUUUUGUUAAUUAUAAACUGACUAAUCACCACUGCUAUAUCAGCUAUAGAAAUGAAAGGCAAAUGGAAACUGCUGCAGGAAUACCUUAAUGCUUAAAUAUAGGGGGGAAAAAUUUUUUUUUAAAACAGAUUUAUUUGGGCAUAAGCUUCCGUGGGUAAAAAACCCACUUCUUCAGAUGCAUGGUGGGGUUUUUUCCCCAUGAAAGUUUGUGCCCAAUCUGUUAGUUUUUAAGAUGCCACCAGACUCCUCCUUGCUUUUGUGGAUACAAACUAACAUGGUUACCCCCGAUGCUUUUUUUUUUUUGCUGCUGUUGUGAUACAUGGGGUUAAAACUGGUAGAUGGAUAUAUAAAGCAAACACUUUUCCAUAGGAAAACUAGAAAGCAUUCUCUCUGCAUAGGGGAUAUGGCAUAUGAACAAAUACUUAUUAGACAGCAAACUAUUAGAGAGCUAUGAAUGGCAUCAAGUCACAAGGAAAUGAAUAAAAUUCAAUUCAAAAAGUUAGUUCCAUUCUGUGACAGGGUUAAUCUAGAAAAUAAAGUAUGUUGGUAUAAUGCUUGUUAAGGCUAGUAAAUUGCUAUUAAAUAGGUUUUAUUCUGUUAUAAGACCAUAAAUUAGCAUUGUAAAUUCUAAAAAGAUAUUAUGCAUAACAAUUAACCAGCUCGAGGAAAAAAAAUUGGUUGGCUUUUGUUUUUAAAAGGACUGCUUCUCUUUCUAAUUUACCAUGGAAUACUAACAAUUGACAUUUCAGUUAUUUCUUUACAUGGUAAACCAUGUAGACUGCAUUCUUAAAUCUAUAUCUUAAGAAGAAUAAUUUUAUAGUAAUGUCUUGAUUUAUAUGUAAACAGAACUUUUUUUCAAAAUUGCAUAAAGUACAUCUUCUCGUCGUUUGGCUGGCAUUGGAAAUUUUGUCUUUCCCAAGUUAAACUAUUCUUUUGUGGUAAGAGCAUGAUGUCAGCUUCAAAUCAAUAAAAAAUAAUGCUUGAUACUGUA